AUGGAAGAGCGUCACUCUGAAGAAAAUCUAGGUGGUAGGAAUGUAGAAGAAAUGGAGGAACCCACCCAUGCUGAAGUGACUAUCUCGAAAUCACCUGGGAAAAGAAAAAGGUCUACCCAAAAAGGAAGCACUCCUCAACCAAAUGCAGAGAAAAAUGCUGAGGUUCAGCACACCCCUAAGCCAUCUACCAAAAAAUCUCCACGGACAAGGCCUGAGGUUCAGAAUACUGAGUUAUCUGCCAAGCAAACUGCAAAAAGGAAACGGUCUGGAAAGGAACCAGUGACUCAGCCUGCUAAGGAACCUUCUCCUCUGCCAAAAUUCAUUGAUGAUGAGGCCAGAGACAGAUUUGAGUUGGAGACUGUGGCAGAAACUAGGAGAAAAAAUAUUCACGAAACCCCUGUCACUCCUAGAACUUCUCGUGAUCAGUCCAUGUAUGUCUCUCCAUUCACCACCCACCCUAGAAAAUCAGCUAGCAAGUCAUUCUCUUCCAAUUCUGAGGUCAUCUCCUUGCUUGAGGACCUCAAACAACAUGUUCUGCUCAUUGAAGAUGGUCUCAUGAUGACCAUGUCUCCUGCCCAGCAGUCCAUCUUCAUUGAAAAAAGGAAUCUCCUCGUGCCUCCAAUCCCUGAAUUCAAUGAAAGUGCUCAUCAAAAAGAGCCAAGACCCCAGCCCACAGAGCAUACUCCUGGUACUGAAACCACUCCAGAGGCACAUGCUUUCAGCUCCCAACCCAAAGAUAAAGGCAAGGUUCCUGUAACUAUGGAGACGACUGAAGAUGAUGAUGCUGAAACUGAGGAUGAAGACCAAGUGGAUCCUGAGCAGUUUCGUCUAACCAGGAGAAGGCCUGGAUCAUUGAAAAUCACCAUCUAA